UUUGCUCUGUUGCUAUUUUAUGUGAAUAAAAGAAGAAGAUAAAGUGAAAUGAACUUCUUCAAUAUGUUUAAUGAUGCUCACAAUUUCUUUAGUGGGUAUUGAAAAUAGCAAGUGCUAUUCUAUAUUUAAUGAUGAAAUGUGAAAGGGUGAUGAUGAAAUGAUGAAAUGUUGUAUGAUACAUUCGUGAAGUUUUGAUGUCACUGAAAACUGAUAGGUUGUUGCUCCCACUUGGAGCAGGGGAGAAAUGGCUCUAGAAAAUCCAUUUUACCUCUAAAUUGAGAAGGUAAUUUAAAUGUAUUUUUAAAGAGGGUGGAAAAGUUGUCUGUAAAGAGAAAAGGAUUAUGUGUUUUCUGUCCUUAGUCUUUUUCUUCAUAGUUGAUUCUGUGUUUUUUAGUAAGAAAUAUCACCUUUCCCAGUUUGACAGGGAUUUGAAUUGCUAAAAUUCAGAGGCUUCUGUUGUAAAUACGUGCAAAACAAUUAAAUCUUAGGAUGAAAGUUAUUUAAAAUGGAUAAGCUAUAUGCUCUUCUGAGUGGUCUUUAGUAGUUAACUAAAAAGCUAGCUAGAAACCAGUAAACUAUCAUAUUUACCUAUAAGUGUUUGAUUCCAUAAUUAAAAAGUAAUGUAAAAAAUUAUAAUUAUAUAUUUUUUAUAUAAAAUUUUUUAGACGAUUUUUUUUUUCUUAUUGAUGUUUAAGUUUUAUGCAAAUCUUGAAUUCUCAUGAUUUUACAAUUCUGAGACAUUUUUCUGCAUCCUUAUAUUUCAUGACAAAAAUAGAAAAGGAAUGUCAAUGAGUUUAUAUGCAUUAUUAUUUUAAAAGAGAAGCUAUUAACCACUAGUGUGGUAAGCCACACAUUUCCAUUUUGUUAAAGUCAUGCAUGGAUUCAUCUUUUCUACAAGCUCUCCAAAAAUAGAAGUAUUAUUUCAGAGUGAGUUGGGGUGUAUUGUACUUUCAUAGUUUUAUCGUCUGUGCCCAGUGGAAGUUCCCCAUUUGUUAGUGCUUAUGACUUAAAGUGAGCACAUGCUUAUAACUACAACUGUGCAUUUUUCUUAGACAUGGAUCGUACUGCAUCACUGGUCCUUUAUUAUUUACCACUGAACCGAACUUUUUGAGUGGCCCCCAGUAGCUAAAAGAACAAAAGGCCUGGCUGCAAGGAUGUCUCCCCUAAGUUAAAUUAUGACAAUUAUAGUUGAAAGAAUAGCCUCCUCUAUUAUGGUUGAUGCUUUCUUGCACUUCGAUAUUUGUUUAAUUAUCGGAUAUCAUAAUUUUGUUCAGCUAUUAAAGGUAAAAGGUACAUUCAUUGAGUUUUGAUAUCCAUGAAAAUGGAUACACUGUUGCUCCUUCCUACUCUGCAUACUUUUUUUCUGGUUACUUAUUUAUUUGUCAAAGUUGACAUGAUAAUUUAAAUAUAUUCUCUAUUAUUCUUUAACUGUAAUAUCUAAUAGUAACUUGGAUAUGUUUUUCAAAAUUUUUAAAAAAUUCUAAAUACAAAGUACUCAAUAACGUGUAUUGAUACAGGUACACAUAUCCAUAUAUAUGUACAACUUUACCUUUUUAAGAGUGCCCUAAUUUGUAGGUCAUUGUUCACUACCAUAGAAGCCCAGCUAUAAUAAUCCUUGCUUUAUUGUUUAUUUCAUAAACAGACAAAAGAAAACUAUAUAAAGAUGAAUAGUUAUGGAUUUGAGAUGGUAUAAACUUAAAAACUGGAAUGAAAUAUGAAGAAAUCAAUGGAAUGGAAUAUGCUGACACACUGUUGUUCUGGUUGGGAAAUUGAAACCACAAAAACUGAAUAAUAAUAAUAGGUUAUUGCAUAGAAAUAGGAACUCAUGAUAGUGAAGAUAUAUGUGAAGGUCUGCGUUGAGUUUUCCAUUCAAAGAGCAAAAAUCCCACAUGACCUUUUCAGACCAAAAGUUGUGUGCAUAGGAAAUAGACAGCUUCAUCAUCUUUCCAUGUUGUGCCUUAUCUAUCUUAGAUUUGACUAUUGUAAGAGAGAGAGAGAGUACAUUUCCUAACGAAUUAAUCGAAUAUAAUUUACUUUUUUGAAUAGUCUUUUUAUAAUACAUUUGUGUAUCUUUAUUAUUAGUAUCUCCUUUCAAUUUUAGAGCACAUUAAUUUACCAUAUUUCUUAUUUAGUUAUUGGUGAACCAUAUUUCUUAUAUUCUUCUAUGUUUUAUAAGUGUUUGUGUAUUUUAUAAAAUACUCAUUGUCAUUUUGUUUAGGUAUCUAUUUCAAUGGAUAAAUCUUGGAUUGUUAAACCUCGGAAUACAAUUGAAUACUCAAUUGGUUUAAAAAAAUUCUUAGAUUUUGCUUUUGAAAAUGGGGUUGUAGGAGAUACAAUUAAAUGCCCAUGUCCCAAAUGUGGGUUUAUGAAAUGGCAAACUAGAGGCGUAGUUGAGGAGCACUUGAUUUUAAAAGCAUUUCCCAAAAAUUAUGUUAUAUGGAAUCUUCAUGGUGAGAAACAAAUAGAAGAUAUUUCUAGUAAUGAAGAUGAUAUACAAGAGGCAUUUCAUUAUGAAAAUCCAAUGGAAACAAUGAUCAAUGAAGCAUUUGGGCACUAUAGGCAAGAAGGUACUAAUCUAGGCAAAACACAACCAUUGGGUGUAGAUGAUGUUUUGAAUGAAAGCCUAAAGGAGCAUUAUAAUGAGUUUAUUGAGUUUCUCAAUGAUGGAAAUCAAACAUUGUGUGACGGGAGCAAGUACACAAAAUUAGAGUUUGUAAUCAAAUUAUAUCACAUCAAGGUUUUGUGUGGAUUAAGUGACAAGGCAAUGACUAUGAUCCUAGAUUUGUUAAAAUAUUUAAUGAAGCAAACUUGCCUCUUUCUUUUUAUGAGGCUAAGAAAACCAUCAACAAACUUGGUCUUAACUAUACCAAAAUAGAUGCAUGUCCGAAUGAUUGUAUGUUAUAUUUAAGAGAUGAUGAAAAAGAUUUGCAAACAUGCAAACAUUGCGGUACAUCUAGAUGGAACCCGAAGAAGAAAAAAAAAGCAACGUGCAAAAGUUUUGCGUUACUUUCCAUUGAAACCAAGAUUGCAAAGAUUGUUUAUGUGUUCUAAGACUGCAGAGCAUAUGAGAUGGCAUUCUUUAGAGAACAAGGAUGGGUUCAUAAGGCAUCCAAGGGAUGGUGAGGCAUGGAAAACAUUUAGUUUAUUGCACCCUGAGUUUGCUUCUGAUCCUCGAAAUGUUCGUUUAGGCCUUGCUAGUGAUGGUUUUAAUCCUUUUGGUACUAUGAGUUCUACUUAUAGUAUUUGGCCAGUGUUUUUAAUUCCAUACAAUCUUCCACCAUGGAUAUGUAUGAAGCACACUUCAUUGAUCCUAUCCAUGAUCAUUCCAGGCAAGCAAAUGCCAGGAAAUAAUAUUGAUGUGUACUUACAACCCCUUGUGGAUGAGUUACGUGAGCUAUGGAAUGAUGGUGUGGAGACCUUUGAUUCUUCAUUGAAUGAAACUUUUAGGAUGCGAGUAGCUCUUAUGUGGACAAUUAGUGACUUUCCUGGCCUAUGCAUUUUAUCUGGUUGGAACACAUACAGGUUUAGCUUGCCCUACUUGUAACUUUGAUGCAAAACCUUGUCGUCUUCCUUAUAAUAAGAAGUGGUGUUUUAUGGGGCAUCGUCGCUUUUUUAGUAGAAACCAUAGAUUCAUAUUGAAUCGUGUUCGCUUUGAUGGAAGCACUGAAACAAGGAAUCCACCACUAAAAUUAUCAGGAUCUGACAUUUUUAGGCAAGUUGAAAAUAUUAAUGUUACAUUUGGGAGAGGAGUAAUUUUGGAUGGUAGAGGAAAAAGAUCUAGAGAAGAAGUUAAACAAUGGAAAAAAAGAAGCAUUUUCUUUGAACUUCCGUAUUGGGAGUCUAAUUUGUUACGCCAUAAUUUAGAUUUCAUGCAUAUUGAAAAAAAUGUAUUUGACAAUUUGGUGUAUACUUUGUUAAAUGAAAAGCCUAAAUCCAAAGACAAUGUAAAUGCUAGGAAAGAUUUAAAGGAAAUGGGCAUAAGAGAGGAUCUUUGGCCAGAUGAUAAUGGAAGAUAUCACCUUGCUUUGUUUUCACUAACUCGUGAUACCAAAAAGUUGUUUGUCAAAACUUUGAAAAAUGUUAUAGUACCGGAUGGUUACUCAAGUAACAUUUCUAGAUGUGUUGAUGAGGUGCAACAAAAAAUAUUCGGGCUAAAAAGUCACGAUUGCCAUAUUAUUAUGGAGCAAUUACUACCGCUGGCAAUACGUAAUUUGUUACCAAACCAUGUCAUUGCAACCUUGGUGGAGUUUUGCUCAUUUUUUAAAGUCCUUUGUAGUAAUAGUUUAAAUCCACAAGAACUUGAAAUGCUUCAAGAUUGCAUUGUGCUAACACUUUGCCACUUAGAGAUGUUAUUCCCACCAUCAUUCUUCAAAGUUAUGGUUCAUUUAACUGUCCAUCUGGUAGAGGAAGCAAAACUUGGAGGUCCAGUUCAUUAUCGAUAUAUGUAUCCUAUAGAAAGGGAAUUAGGUCAUUUAAAGACCUUUGUACGAAACAAGGCAAAACCAGAAGGUUCUAUAGCUGAGGGAUACUUAGCUAAAAAGUCUCUUACCUUUUGUUCUAGAUACAUUGAAGAUAUAGAGACAAGGUUCAAUAGACCAAGACGUGUUUGUGAUAAAACAGGUGAUAAUGAGCCUUUUCUGUCAUCUAUCUUCCCACAAGGUGGGAAGCCAGUAGGAGGUUCCUCGAAUUUUACUUUAACUCGGAUGCAAAAACUACAAGCCCAUCAAUAUGUGCUUUUAAAUUGUGCAAUAGUCACACCAUUUGUUGAUGAAUUUAGACAACUAAUAAAAAGAAGUUCAAGGGGAAGGCGACCUUCAACCACUGAGAUCGAAACUAGAGUGUUUAAAGAGUUUGUUGAUUGGUUUCAAAGGCGGAUUAUGAAUCCAGACACAACAAAUACAAUGUCUAAUGACUUAAAGUUUCUAGCACGAGGUCCAUUGGAAAAUGCUAACAGAUUUACUACGUACAACAUCAAUGGGUUUAAAUUUCGAACAUUGACUCGAGAUGAGGGAUUGAGAACACAAAAAUAGUGGUGUGUUUUUAACAUCUAAUACAGCUUGUGUAUCAAGCAGUGUUGACAGGAACUUAAGGCAAGUGGACUUAUCCUAUUAUGGAAAGUUGGAGAAUUUCAUUGAGCUUAAUUAUUAUGGUCAAUUCAAAGUUGUUCUUUUCAAGUGUAAGUGGGCAAAUACUACACGAGAAAGAGGAUAUAAAAAGGAUCAAUGGAAUUUUAAUUGUGUUAACUUUGAUAGACUAAUUCAUAUUGGAGAUCGUGAAGAACAUGAACCUUAUAUUUUGGCAUCUCAAGCACAAAUGGUAUAUUAUGUAGAUGAUGUGGUCAAUAAAGGAUGGAGUGUUGUUGUGCAUUUAAAGCCAAGAGAUUUGUAUGAAAUGGGAGAAAUAGUAGAAGAGGUAUAUGAAAAUGAGCCAUACCAAGAUCAAGAGCUAGAAAAAAUUUUAUAGUAAUGACAAUGAAUAUGUGCAAUUGGCUACAAACCAUUUAGAUGGUGAUAUCCCUGACUCAAAUGUAUGAGUUGAAAAAAUAAUUAGUAGUAAAUUUUUUCUUAAAGGUAAUAUUUUUUAUAUUCAAAGUUAUUUUCAAUGCAUGUAUACUUGACUCAUGUUUGAUUUCUUAAUGUUAUUUUCUUAAGGUGAUUAUAUGUUGCUUACUCUUGUCAAUUUCAGGUUAGGAAGGACAUAUAUAUAAAGAACCUAUAAUAAAAAGUGUACUCUUUAUUCUCUGGUUCUCUUUCUUCUCUAGUUCUCUUUCUUCUCUGGUUCUCUUCACAAGUUAUAACUUAUAUACAAUUUCUUGCACUUCAUUAGCUUCUAGAAAAGCAUAACAAAUCCUCAUUAUAUACAGUUAGAUAAUAUGUCAUUAUAGAAUUUUCUUUAGAAUUUUCUGCUUCAUAUUCUUAGUUGACUUUUCUCAAUAAUUAAGAUGUUAACCAAUUUGUCCUUGUAGAGUUUAUAAACCUCAUUUUGUCAGAAUCAAUUCUGCAACAGAGAGCAUAUAUUGAAGGCUCCAUAGGUGGUUUCUGUUGUUUUCAGUCCUUCUUCUCUUGCUCUCACCAUGGAUGGUCUGACCUUGUUGUGAACUUACCAAUUGUUCUGAUCUAAGAGCACUGAACUUGACUAUCAAUUUCUUUUCUGGUGAAAUUCCUAACUAUGGAGUACUGAGCAACUUUGGCAUAUACUCGUUUGACGGUACUCACCCUUGGAUUUCACUUGGUUUUCCUGUUGUACUCCCCCAUGCUGAAAGUGAUCAAGCUGCAGCCAUGCCAAAGGUGAAGCAUUUCUGAAAUCCACACUUCAAUGAGCACAACACCACCAAUAGAUUCCUCAUUGCCCACCGAGAACUCACAGCAACUUGAAACAUCUACAAAAUAUGUUCGACGUGAAUCUUCAUCAUCUUGGACUGUUCAUGCAAUAGACUUAGAAGGAGUUAUCAAGAAAAUUAAGGUGAAGGUCAGAGAAGUAAAUAACUUACCUCGUGGGGAACGCAUCAUUGUGGACUAUGAUGAGUUAGGCAUGGCAAUUGGUGAAGGACAAGGCGUGCUUGCAGGAUAUUGUGGUACAUUGGCAAUUGAUUGUAAUUUGUUUCCAAUUAAUUUUGAAAGAUGGUCUGGGAAAACAGGCAUGCCUGACACUUACUUUUUGGAAUGCUUUAAGGAAAUAUUACAGCCUAGGUUUUUUUUAAGACUGGUGAAGCUAGUGCACCACGGUAUUGCAAACUAACUCUUGGUAGGAAGUGGGCUGCACAUAGGCAGAAUUUAUGGAAUACGUUCUAUGAUCCAACAAAAAGCAAAAAUGAAAUCAUAAGUAAUGUGCCAAAUGGUAUAGAUAGAACUCAGUGGGCUCAUUUUGUUACUUAUCGUCUAAAACCAGAAACAUUGGAGAUUUGUAAUAAAAAAUAGAGAAAAUCACAAAAAGCAAGUAAUUCCUCAUACCGGUGGUUCUAAACCUAUGUCAAGAAGAAGACAUGAGAUGUUUUUGGAAACUGGACAGCUGCCUAGUCGGGGAAAGUUAUACAUUGAUACUCAAAGAAGAAAGGAUGGAUCAUUUGUAAAUGAUGCGGCAAAGGCUAUAUCGG